UGCCUCGGAGCUGGAGUGGCUACUCCGGCCUGAGCUGAGGGCUGAGGGGCCCUUCCGCAGCGUUUCUCUCCCUCCGCGCCCACCCACAGCCUCUUUCCACCGCCCAAGCGUGCGCUUUCCGCCAGAGGCUCUUGGCGAUGGCGGCGCGGGGACCACCCGUCGGGCCGCCUCCAGAGUCCGGACCCGCGGUCCUCAGCUCCGGGCUCCGCUCGCUGCCCCUUCUCCUCCUCUUUCAGAUGGUCGUGGUGCUCUGGGGUCCGGCCACCGCGAGGGGCGGCCCUCCUGGAGGGUUUUCUGAACCAUCCUUUGUUGCAAAACAUGAAGAUAGUUUGUUUAAGGAUUUAUUUCGAGACUACGAAAGAUGGGUUCGUCCUGUGGAACACCUGAAUGACAAAAUAAAAAUAAAGUUUGGCCUUGCAAUAUCUCAAUUAGUGGAUGUGGAUGAGAAAAAUCAGUUAAUGACAACAAAUGUCUGGUUGAAACAGGAAUGGAUAGAUGUAAAGUUAAGAUGGAACCCUGAUGCCUAUGGUGGAAUAAAAGUUAUACGUGUCCCUUCAGACUCUCUCUGGACCCCAGACAUCGUUUUGUUUGAUAAUGCAGAUGGUCAUUUCGAAGGGGCCAGGACAAAAGUGGUUGUCAAGUACGAUGGCACCGUCACCUGGACCCCACCAGCAAACUACAAGAGCUCCUGCACCAUCGAUGUCACAUUCUUCCCAUUUGAUCUUCAAAACUGUUCUAUGAAAUUUGGUUCUUGGACUUACGAUGGAUCACAGGUUGAUAUAAUUUUAGAGGACCAACAUGUAGACAAGAGAGAUUUUUUUGAUAAUGGAGAGUGGGAAAUCUUGAGUGCAACAGGAAGUAAAGGAAACAGGACCGCUGGCUGUUGCUGGUAUGCACAUAUCACGUACUCGUUUGUAAUUAAGCGUCUGCCUCUCUUUUACACCUUGUUCCUUAUUAUCCCCUGUAUUGGGCUCUCGUUUUUAACUGUACUUGUCUUCUAUCUUCCUUCAAAUGAAGGCGAAAAAAUUAGUCUCUGCACAUCAGUACUUGUCUCUUUGACUGUCUUCCUUCUGGUAAUUGAAGAGAUCAUACCCUCAUCUUCAAAGGUGAUACCGCUGAUUGGAGAGUACCUGGUGUUUACUAUGAUUUUCGUGACACUCUCAAUUAUGGUGACAGUCUUUGCCAUCAACAUUCACCAUCGUUCCUCCUCGACACACAAUGCCAUGGCCCCUUGGGUUCGCAAGGUAUUUCUUCAUAAGCUUCCAAAACUGCUUUGUAUGAGAAGCCACGUAGAUCGGUACUCCGCUCAGAAAGAGGAAACUGGGAGCAUUAAUGGAGCAAAGCCCAGAAACACACUGGAAGCUGCACUUGACUCUAUUCGCUAUAUUACAAGGCACGUCGUGAAGGAGAAUGACGUCCGUGAGGUUGUUGAAGAUUGGAAAUUCAUAGCCCAGGUUCUGGAUCGGAUGUUUUUGUGGACUUUUCUUCUGGUUUCAAUUGUUGGAUCGCUUGGCCUUUUUGUUCCUGUUAUUUAUAAAUGGGCAAAUAUAAUAAUACCAGUUCAUACUGGAAAUGCAAAUGAGUAAUACUUCCCAAAGGGUUAUAGUAUGAAUUUAGUUACCACAAGACACAUAUAUCUUAUGACACCUUUUAUAAAAUUAUGAAAAUGUAAAUUGUGUUCAAAAUUUGAUGUAAAAAUCAAGGAAAAAAAAUUUGAUGCAAGCUUUUAGCAGAUUAAUAGUUGCGACGGUCAGUUUAUCUUAAUUAGAUCACCUGUUAGAACAUCUACCUGCAUGACUGAAGUAACAACUGACUAAAUAACUUUUGGUCUUCUAAAAAGAGCAGCAAAAUAUGACCAGAACUGUACUAGAGAAAAUUUAAUGUUUAUGUCCUGGCAAAUAAUACUAAUUUAUAUUCAGCAGUAAAGUUCACCAUUAAUUACACUGGAAAACUCCAGCUGAAGACUAAUUUUAAAUUUUUUUCUGUCUUUGGUAAAGAUAAUCUCUUGGACCUACAUUCAUGAUGAAACAGCUAAUCUUUAGUAUAAUAUACUGUUGUAUUAAAUAAGCUAAAUAUCAUACUUAGUAUGAUAUCAAUUUAAAGUGAUGCUGCUUUUCUAUAAACUUUUUUAAAAUAUGAAAAAUGGAAACUGACAACUCCUUUAAGGCUUACGUUAUUCUUUAGAUGCUCAAAAUAGUUGUAUUAACUAUUUUUACAGCUCUCCUUUCAAUAUAAAAUCAUACAAUAGACAACUCCUGUGGCCAUGCGGUAGCAUAUCCUUAACAUUAAUUUUAAUCCCCUUGUCCACAUUUUCCAUAAUCAAUAGAACCAUCUUCUAUAGAAAAUGUAACGUCUAUGUCCUUGAUUUUAGAAUAAUCCACUAGAAUUAUAUGAAUCCCAUUUUAAAACAUGUCUAUGGAUGCUACUAAAUCAUUCUAUGAGAAAACCAUCUUCUGAGAUAAAAAGAUGAUACUCUAAAAAGUAUAAGCACAUUGUUCCACACCUGUAAUGCUUCAGUUUUAUCUCUUUCAUUUCAAUAAUUACAAUAGGAUCUAUGCGUUGCAAAGGUCUUUAAGUGUAAUCUAGUCUUAGCCUAUUAGUAUUCAGUAUGGUGUAAUGCGGCACAGCUAAACAAGUUAAAUUUCAUCUCUAAGUGUCCCCCAUUCAGCCAUGACCACAAAGAAAAAACUGAUAGAAAUCUUACAUAUAACUUAGAACUCUUAGUUCUUAAGCAAAUACCUUAUUUAUUUGUAGUAAAUAACCCAUCUAAGUUCAAGUCAACACUUAGAAGGCAGAAGGACCCUGUUUAAUUUACAUUUUAUUGUAGUUAGGUGUUUAAAGCCAUUUUUGAGUGACAGUCUGGUUGAUACAUUUAAAUUGCCUAUUAGCUAUCUUAGCAUAUAUACAGCCAUAAUUAGUCAUAUAUCUAGAUCCCUUACUGUUACAUAAAAAUCUUUUAUAUACAUAAAUUUUAUAAAGAUCUUUCUUCCUCUUGACUUACUGAAACAUGAGUCACAGUGGGCUGCAAUUUUGUAAGUUUUAUUUUCUCAUAGGAAAAGCAUCAUGUGUAGUGAAAAGAUUAAAAUGCCCUCUGUCAGUGGUGACUGAGAGUCGGAAUGGCAUGGGUUACUAUCUUUCUUACUAAUUUGUCUAAAGUAGUGAUUCUCAACUGGAGGCAACUUUGUCCCCAAGGGGACAUUUGACAGUGUCUGGAGACAUGUUUGGUUAUCACAACUGGGGGGAGGCCAGGGAUGCUGCUGAGACACUACAAUGCACAGGACAGCCCCCAGAACAACUAAAUUAUCCAGCCCAAAAUGUCCCAGUGCCAAGGUUGAGAAACCCUGUUUUGAAGUUCAUUAAUAAUGAAUGUGUGGUUCAGCAGAAUUUCUAAUGGUAUAACUUAGAAUUAUGCAAGAUAAAUAGUUGAGCUCUCUGAAAUGGAAGCAUGACCCUUAAACUCGUGAAAAACAAACAAGAAAUGCAUGGUAAGAAAUGGUAACAGUGGGGGUACAGCUGAAAUAGUGUAAAACUUGAGAUCAUGGGCUACUUAAAAACCCAUUGGGAAAUCUGGUACAAUACUGAACCAAGUAAGGUUUCAGCGUUUCCAAACAGCAAGUUUUUCUAUCCAGUUAUGUCUCAACCACUAGGAAAAAGGGGACGGUGUGCGUACUUAGCCCAGUUUAACAUGUUCCAUAGCACAGCAUACUGUUUAUCCCCAUGAAAGUUAUAUUUUGACAUUUUUAUUCAUUUAUCUUGUCAAAACGGCCAGUUAAAUGUUCAUUUAUCCAUAAUAAAUACGCGGACAUUUUUCUUGCAUGAUUCUUUUUUGAACAAAUUCAAGACAACUGGGUAACAGGUAAACCUUGGAGCGUCAGAAACAAAGUCGGUGGCCUGAUGACAAACAGUGAGUUGCUGUUAUGGAGCAGCCCCUUCCCCACCCCGCCCCCCCACCCCUCGGGCAAGUGCACGGCUCGGUGCUUACACGUCAUCCCUGACCAUCAAGGGCUGCAGAAACAAUCCUGCUGUCCCUAAAAUGCACACCAGGAUGAAAACCCACAGGAAAAUUCGAUCAAUCACCAUGGCAACAUACUUCCAAUCAUCUUGAAUCUGAGAAAACAAAAACAAAAAAUCAUGAAUGAGGGGAAAAAAGCAUGAAUGGAAAAGUGAACUGAACACAUUUUCAAUGUUAAAUAUUCAAUAUGUUGCAGUGGAAGCCAUUUUGUCUCCAAUAUGCAAGAACUUUUUUUCUCUAAUUAAUGUAAUGUGAAGAAAUCUACCGUUCUUGUUUCUCUUGAUCCUGUGAAGAAACAGGUAUAAAAUAUUUUGUCAUGUUAACUUUGUUUCAAAUCAGAAAUGUCUUAAUGUAUAUGUAAACUUUUUUUCUAAAUUGAAUUUCAAUUUAUAAAGUUAGUAAAACCAAGCACUUGACUUAUACGCUAUGGAAUGAUUUGGGGCCUUUGUUAGAAUGGCUAAUACAAUCCAGCAUCAUUUUCCAUUGUUUACAAGUCCUAGUUCUUAUCCAGUUUUAGAUGUUAAUUUCCUUUUAACAUCUGUCCCCUUGUUUCAAAAAUGAAAUAAGCACAUCAGGGCAAGCCCAUUAUCACUCUUUCUCUCCCAGUGUCCCCUCUGCAUGCCCAACUGACCAAAUGUCAUCUUUAAUUAUUAAGCCCGAAAUACCAUGGACUAUAGAGUUAUAGAAGAGCUUGAAAAUCAUAAAUAGUUGCCAGCAGUAAAAUAAAAGGUGGACGGAGCAGCAAGACUAAUUCUACAUAAAAUAGUUUCAAUUUGUUUGAAAUAGGAAGAAUUGUUUA